CAGAAUAGCACGUACCACCACAUAACUGUUAAGGAAACUACUUUAACUGCUAAUGCUACGAAACCCAACAAAGAAACCAAGUGCAAUGGAAAAACUCGCAAGUUGCUUUCUCGUACAGUAGUGCACAAUCUUCUCCCACAAUCUCGCUCUCUUGGUCCGAAAAUAAAUCAUGAUGCCCAGAUCUCGUUGUGCCACUGAUUUCGCUGUCUGAAAGUGGGAAGAGUCCACUCUCCCACAAUGAGUGUUUGAAACUGAGAAAUUUCCAUGACCAAAGUCUUAUUUGCCUUCUGAUUUGGUUUGGAACUUUGUUGGACAUGAAAACAAGGCCUUUCUUUUCCCAAGGUUGAUUUGGAAUUGAUGCGUACCAAAACCAAGAGCCUCUUUAUGGCUAAGACCCACUUUGAUUCCAUCAACCUCAGAGUUGUAAUUGAUUUUGUAUGUGUGAACAUGUUGUGGGCCUUUGCUUCUCUGAGGGUGUUCGUUUGCAACUAUGUGCUCUAUGCUUUUCGAUUGCUGCUCGGGUAUAUCUUAAGGUUUCUUCAUUUGGGAGAUGCAAAAGAUGAGGUCAUUGUUCAGAAACUACCACAUGUUGAGAGGAACCAGGUUUCUGAUUCUGAGGUUGAUGGGUUCCGAGAGGAGCUGGUUAGUUUUCUGUUUUGGAGUGAAGAUUUUCAUGGAGAGACAGAGAGCUCUGUUUUUUUCAUGGAGGUUGGUCCUGAAAGUGAGAAAAAAGAUGGAGACACAGAGUGCUCUGUUUUGAUGGAUACCCACUGUGGUGUUCAUGAAGAUGGGGUGAAAACAGAGGUUCCCGCAGAAAGCUUUGUUUCAGAGGAGAUUGAUUCUGAGCCUCACAUUCAUGAAGAUGGAUUUGUUUUUGUGGAGAGUGACUCUGAAAUCUCUUUUAUUGAUGAAGAUAAUAAGGAAAUUGAAAGAGAAGGAGAGGAGUUUGUUUCUAUGGAGACUGACUCGGAUGUUUGUCAAGAUGGUAAACAAAUUGGUGAAGGUGAAACAGAGAGCUCUGUUUUAAUAGAGAAUGACUCUGAUCUCCAUCAUGAAAGUAUGAAGAUAGAAGAGGAAAUAGAAGAACGUGUUUCUUCGGAGAUUGACUCUGUCAUUCAUGGAGAAUUUAAGAAAAUUGAUGAAAAUGAAACAGGGAGAGUAAUUUUAAUGGAGAAUGUCUGUGGUGAAACUGUAAACGAGGAUGUUGAGAAAAUAGAUGAAAAUGAGGAUUCUGUUUUUCAAGAAGAACAGUCUAAUGUUCAUGGUGAUGGUACAAGGAAAGAAGAAAAAGUAGUAGAAGAAGAAGAAGAAUCAUAUGGGCUUGAUUUUGUGGACACUAACUCUGUAACAACCACAAGCAAGUGUGAGUACUUAUCAGGAAAAGAUAUCAGUGGGUUCAUGGAAGAACCAACAACACUGAGGUUCAGUUUUCGAGAAUUUUACAUGGGUCCAGAUGUUUCAACCGUUUCUGACAAUGCAUAUGCCACCACUGAAAUUAUUGCCGACAAGGAAUUUUCAGAGUUUGGUUCAGAGAGAGACCCUGUGGAUCAAGCACAAGCCGAGGAAUCUGUUCAAGAACAGGUUUCAGUUCCUUCUACCCAUGUUCCAUACUUUGAGAAUGAGGUGUUUGGUGGAUCCGAUUCAUCUGAUGAAGAUUAUUUUCUUUACAAUGAAAACUCACUCACAUCUGAUUCAGAGUCAGAGUCAUCUAGCUCAAGUGGUCUAAUCUGGGGCAACAGUAACAAAAUUGAUGAUUCAAUUGUAUACCAGUUUCUGGAUGGUAAAAAGGGUGGUGAAGGAUUUGAACCUGAGAUUCUGAAGCUGAUAAUGAGAGAUGAAACAACAGAAGCUGCGGAGGAGAAGCAAUCUUCAUGUGAUGGAAAGGUUUCAGAAUUUAGUGUUGAUGGAAUUUAUUCUGAAGAUGGGUAUGUGGAAAUGGAACCUUGCAUGAAGGGUUUGAAGUCCUUGAAUGCACAUGGUUUUGGUGGUAAAGACUCUGCCAAAGAUGUGGUCAAAGAUAAAAAAGAAGAGGUGUGCAAGAAUGGGUUGGAGAAAAGUGAAGAAGCUAGGUGGGAAGAUGAAUUAAGUGAAUCAGAAUCUGAUGAGGGUGACUUUGAAUGGGAGCAUGAUGAUUUAGUGGAACAGCUGAAAUUGGAAUUGAAAAAUUCUAGGCAAGGAGGACUUGCCACAAUUUUAGAAGAAGAGGAGGAGGAGGAAGUAGACGAAGACGAAGAAAAGGAAAAGGUGAAGGAAAAGGAGGCAAGAGUGUCUCCAAGAGUGGUUGAAGAUCCUAAGCCAGUGGAAAUUGAAGAGAAGCUUGAAUACAAGGAUCAAAUUGAUGAAAUUGAAAAGGUUUACAAGAGCUAUGAAGAGAAGAUGAAGAAACUUGAUAUCUUGAAUUACCAGACCAUGCAUGCAUUAGGCCUUCUUCAGCUAAAAGACCCUCUCAAAUUAAUUUCAAUACCAAAAUCCACCAUCCAAGGCGCAAAGCCUGUAAUCUCUCAGAACUUGUGGCCACGCAAAGCAACAAAGAACUCAUCUGACCCAUUGAUGAAGCUUGUUCAUGAACUGCAUAGAGAUUUGGAAUUAGUAUAUGUAGGCCAGGUUUGUCUCUCUUGGGAAAUCCUAUCUUGGCAACACAAGAAAGCCCUUGAGUUGCAACAAUAUGAUUCACAAGGCUCUCAUAGGUAUAACCAUGUUGCUGGUGAGUUUCAACUUUUUCAAGUCCUAGUUCAGAGAUUCAUAGAGAAUGAGCCAUUUCAAGGACCUAGGAUGCAGAACUAUGUCAAGAACCGUUGCGUGAUUCGCAACUUGCUCCAAGUUCCAGGCAUAAAAGAUGAUAGUAAAGGAGAUGAGGAUGAGAAUCCUAUUGCAAGUGGAAGGUUAGCCGAUAUCAUCAAGGAAUCAAUGCGGAUGUUCUGGGAAUUUGUUCGAGCAGAUAAAGAUUAUGGGAAUGUGAUCUUUAAAGCAUCACAGCACAACAGAACUGUUCUUAAAGACCCUAUGAUUUCUGGUCUUAUGGUGGACAUUAAGACACAAUUACAGAAAAAGGAGAAGAAGCUCAAGGACAUUGUGAGAACCGGGAAUUGCAUAGUGAAGAAGUUCCAAAAGCACCAUGAAGAUCAACUUGAUCAUGAGCAAUUGGUUGCUCAGGUGGGGUUGAGAUUGAUUUCAAGGGUGAUAAACAUGGCCAAAUUCAGAAAAGAGCAGCUAAUAUGGUGCAAUGAAAAGUUACACCGAGUCAAAUUUUUGAGCAGGAAGAUUGUCCAGGUGGAACCUUCCUUCUUGCUUUUUCCAUGUUGAUUCCAAGUCAAUAUUUUCUUCUCAAUUGUAGAGGAAGAGAAAUGCUAGAGGAGUAGAGAUAGGGAUACCUUUUCAUAGAAAAUGAUAUCCUAGCUUACACAGAAAUUGGGACACACGUCUAAAAAUUCUCACUGUAUAUAUAUAAAUUAUAUACAAGCCUGUUGCUUAUACAUCAUCGUUAUAUAAUAAAUGGCAAGCUUGGUUAGUUCAAUA